AUGCAAUACAUACUCUUGGAACCUGCACUCUACACAAAGGCUUAUGGCUGCCCUGUUUUUUAAAAACAGUGGGAACAUGUUACAUGUUCCACCCUAAAAACAGUAGGAACCAGGGGCGGACUGACAACUCAUGGGGCCCCCGGGCAAUAAGGGAUCAUAGGGCCCCUGUGUCCUUGCCCAAACUCAAAAAAGCCUAUGAAAAACGGUACCAGGGGCAUCUCAUGGGGCCCCCUUCUGACCCCAGGCCCUCGGGCAGUGCCUGAGUUUCCAAAUGGUCAGUUCGCUCCUGGGUGGAA